AUGGACGGUGCCGACAAUCUUCAAGACACUCUCUGGGAAAACCUGAACUUUGCCCGCGAAGCCCUGUUCUCCCAGCAGACCCGCACCCUCAUGAACCAGCACGUCCUCAACCCAUCCUCGCCCCUACAGACCCUGCGCCGCCAGUUCGCGGACUUGCUGUCAACCCUAUACAACGAGAUCAUGGCGCCCUUGCUGCGGCCGGUCCUGGACCGUCUCGCAGAAGCCCUCAACGACUCGCCCGACGUCGUCAUCCUGGCAUUCGUCGUCGUCGUCUUCCUGCUGGCGCUGCAGGUGCUGCUGUGGGUACGGCGCGUCGUCGCGUGGUUCACCACCCUGGUGUUGCGCCUCAUCUUCUGGUCCUGCGCCGCCGUCGCCGUCGCCGUCGUCUGGCAGCGCGGCCCCGACAAGGCCGCCCAGGACCUCGCUGCGUUCGUCGACGUCGUGACUGGCUACGGCAGCCUGCUGUACGAAUACACGCGGGACGUCUGGCUCAGCGAGUAUAAGCGCUACGAGGCGCAGCAGAACGGCGGGGCCGCGGCUGGUCAGGGCUGGCCCUGA